AUGGACAAGAAAAUUGCAGCAUUGGUUGGAAAUGGCACUUGGGAUUUGGUGGACUUACCUAGAGGGAAGAAACUCAUUGGAUGCAAAUGGGUAUUCAAGGUGAAGUUAAAAGCUAAUGACUAUGAAGAAGCAUUCAGUCUAGCUGUGAAAAUGAACACCAUUAGAUGUCUAAUUGCCUUAGCAGCUUGUAAAGGAUGGGAUCUGUUUCAACUGGAUGUGAAUAAUGCUUUUUUACAUGGUGACUUGAAGGAAGAGGUCUAUAUGAAAGUGCCAGAGGGGUUUGAUAACCCAGGAAACAAAGUGUGCAAGUUGAGAAAGUCCAUAUAUGGCUUGAAGCAAGCUUCAAGACAAUGGUUUGAGAAACUGGUCAGCUCCUUAAUUGAUAUGGGUUUUGAACAAUCAAAAAAUGAUUACAGCUUAUUCAUUAAGAGAAGGAAUGGGUUUAUUUGUGUAGCUGCAGUUUAUGUUGAUGACAUAAUUCUAACAGGAAAUGAUACUGAUGAUAUGACUUGUUUGAGAAGUGAUUUGCAUAAUAAGUUUACUAUAAAAUAUCUUGGCAGACUUAGUUAUUUCCUUGGGAUUGAAGUUGGUUACACUUCUGAUGGCAAUCUGCUCAGUCAAAAGAAGUUUACCAAGGAAUUAACUCUUAAUUGUGGCUUACCUUUGAAGUCUAGAGCUGUUACACCUUUUCCAUUGGGUCUGAAACUACAGCUUGGUGAUCCUUUACCAGAUGCAGAGCAAUACAGGUCAUUAGUUGGGAAGCUGAAUUUCUUAACCCAUACAAGACAUGAUUUGUCUUUUGCAGUUCAAUCUUUGAGUCAGUUUAUGCAACAGACUUAUUCUUCUCAUUUACAGGCUCCUAUUCAUACUCUAAGCUAUGUUGCUAAUACAGAAGGCCAGGGAAUCUUGCUUAGAGCUUCUGAUCACAUCUCAUUACAUGCUUUCUUUGACUUGGAUUGGGCUAGUUGUGUGGACUCCAUGAGAUUAGUCACUGAAUAUGUUCUUCUUGGGAAAUCUAUUGUUGCUUGGAAGUCAAAGAAGCAAGGUUUGGUAUCCAAAUCCUCAGCUGAAGUAAAAUAUAGAGCAAUGGCAAUAUUAGCUUCAGAGGUUACAUGGACAGUCAGGUUGCUUUGA